AUGGCUGCUAACAACGAUGUGGAUAAGAGAGAAAAACAGUCUCCAAAAUUAGUUGUUGCAAUGGCUGAUUUCGUCGCAGAAGAUAACACUCAAUUGAGCUUCAACGAAGGUGACGAAAUGACUAUUUUAAGCGAGAGUUCCAGUGUUUGGUGGUGGGCCGAACUAGAUGAAAUAUGUGGAUAUGUUCCGGUGUCCUAUGUGGUACCUGUUUCUGAGUACCUAUCUCGGCACACACAGAAUCACGAUUGGCAGGAUGAAGAGUACUUUGGCGCAUACGGUAAAGUGAAAAUCCACCUUGAGAUGUUAAGCGAUCAUCCAAGAACUCUUGCUUAUCGAAACGCCAUCCAAAAGCAUCGAGAUGUUUUCAUUGGAAAAACUGUCUUAGAUGUUGGAUGUGGUUCAGGGAUUCUGAGCUUGUUUUGUGCUAAAGAUGGAAAGGCAAGUAAAGUUUACGCUGUGGAUGGAAGUGUAGAUAUCGGGGAACUGACCAAAGAACUCGUUGAAAGAAACGAUUUACACAAGAUAAUCACCGUUAUCACAGGAAAGAUUGAAGAAAUUGAGUUACCAGAGAAAGUUGACAUUAUUAUCUCUGAGUGGAUGGGUACUUUCCUUGUUUUCGAGUUUAUGAUCGACACAGUGCUGUAUGCACGAGACAGAUGGUUGAAGCCUGAUGGUGUGAUAUGGCCUUCAAAUGCAAAGUUAUUUGUUGUACCUUGUUGUGCAGAAGAAGCUUAUAAAGAGAAAGUUACUGCAUGGAACAAUCAAUAUGGUUUUGAUUUUUCUCCUUUUCUUAACAGAGCUAAGACAGAAGUUCUUAACAGACCUUUGCAUAACCAUGAGCUUGACCCAAGGGACUGCUUGUCUCAAGGAGCAGUUCUUUUGGAUAUUGACAUGUCCACGUUUGUGAAGGAAAAUCUUGAACUGAUGUCUGAAAAUUUUGAGUUUGUGAUUAGUAAGGAAGGUACAUUACAUGGGCUGUGUUCAUGGUUCAGUGUAACUUUUGGAGGGAUACCCAUCACAGAUACAUCAGAAUGUGUGAUACUGUCAACAGCACCUGAUCAAGAACAAACUCACUGGAAACAAAAUCUUUUUCUACUAGAAGAGCCAGUGACUGUUCAUGUUGGUAAUUUUAUUGAAGGUUCUGCCACCUUGAGACGAAAUCCUAAAUAUAGACGGCAUAUGAAUGUCACUUUUGAAUUUAAUAUUUUUACUAGUGAUUCAAAAGGAGAAAUUGUUUAUAGCAAUAAGAAAAAAUAUUUUAUUUGGAGAUAGCAGAUUUUAGUAUGUCUUGAGAGAGUUAAGUAUCUCCAUGCUAU